CACCGCCCCGGGCUGCCGCAGACCGCGGGAGAGCGUCUGCGCGAAGCCCCAGCGCAGCCCUGGCGGGAGCGCCGCCUCCCAAACACCGGCCACAGCCCCCCGGCCUCGGGAGCGGCUGCCCCAGCGCACCCGCCGCCCGCGCGCAGAGAUGCUCUGCAUUUCAAGUUUAUCAAAGAUUAAAUUGAUAUUCAUGGGCUAAUCUGGAAAUUUACGAACGGUUUGCUUCACUACAUCUACAAGAAAAUAUGUGCGAAUUCCAGAUGGCUGUCUUCUGAAGGGGCUUUUAGAAGACAAUCCAGUUUCUGAAGUACUCCUUAAGCCAUGACAGCCAUCGUGAAGAUGGGAUUAUGAAUAUGGAAGCCUUCCUACGGGGCUUUGAAGAGAAGGGGUUAAAGAACGACAGGCCUGGGGACCCGUGCAAUAAAGAGAAAAAGAAGAUUCUCUUCUCCUUUUGCGAUGUGUGCAACAUCCAGCUAAACUCUGCGGCCCAGGCCCAGGUCCACUAUGACGGCAAGUCGCAUCGAAAGCGGGUCAAGCAGCUGAGCGAUGGGCAGCCUCCGCCCCCAGCCCCGGGCUCAGGCCCACUCUUGGCCAGCGCUUGCCCUUGCCCAGGCACCAACACCAGCACAGGCGGCGCGUGCCACGCUACGACCCUGCCUGCUCUCGUGCGCACACCCACCCUGAUGAUGCAGCCUUCGCUGGACAUCAAGCCGUUUAUGUCUUUUCCAGUGGACAGUAGUUCUGCUGUCGGGCUCUUUCCAAAUUUUAACACAAAAAGAAGAGGCUUAUUUGGGACCAAUAAAUUCUGCCAGAUGGACCCUGUGCAGAAAGCCGUCAUUAACCACACGUUUGGAGUCUCCAUUCCCCCGAAGAAGAAACAAGUUAUUUCUUGUAAUGUCUGUCAGCUGCGCUUUAACUCAGACAGCCAGGCCGAGGCCCACUACAAAGGAAGUAAACAUGCCAAGAAGGUCAAAGCACUAGAGGCAACGAAAAAUAAACCCAAAAUGGUUUCUUCCAAGGACAGCGCAAAGGCUAAUCCCAGCUGCUCCGUCAGGCCAAUCACAGGCGACAGCUCUGACAAAUCAGAAGACAAAGGGAAGUUAAAAGCCACCGGUUCCGCUCAGCCCUCAGGCUCUGAGGGAGGCGCCUUUCUCCUCAAAUCUGGAACCGCUCCUCUGCCACCUGCGGCCAUCACUUCUCCCUCGAAGAGCGCAAACGGAGCUCCGGGAUCUGCUGCUGAAUCCGAAGAAGAAAAAGCCAAAAAACUGCUCUAUUGCUCGCUAUGCAAAGUGGCUGUGAACUCUCUGUCACAGCUGGAGGCACACAACACAGGAUCUAAACACAAGACCAUGGUUGAGGCUCGUAAUGGAGCUGGUCCAAUUAAGUCCUACCCAAGACCUGGGUCAAGGUUAAAGAUGCAGAACGGCAGCAAGGGUUCGGGACUCCAGAACAAGACGUUUCAUUGUGAAAUCUGUGAUGUUCACGUUAACUCAGAGAUCCAACUCAAGCAGCACAUUUCCAGCCGAAGGCAUAAAGACCGUGUCGCAGGAAAACCGCUGAAGCCGAAAUACAGCCCUUACAACAAGCUCCAGAGGAGCCCGAGCAUCUUAGCCGCAAAGCUCGCAUUCCAGAAAGAUCUGAUGAAGCCUCUGACCCCGACUUUCCUGUCCUCGCCCCUGGCGGCUGCGGCUGUGUCCUCGGCGCUGUCCCUACCGCCUCGGCCAUCCACCUCUCUCUUCCAGGCUGCAGCCAUUCCUCCUGCGCUGCUGAGGCCUGGCCAUGGGCCCAUCCGGGCCACUCCGGCCUCCAUCCUCUUUGCCCCUUACUAAAUACUUGCAGCCCGCAACAGGCCAGGCCAACAGAAAGGCAUAGAAGAAAAGCCCAGAGGAUUCAGCAAUGUUAAGCCUUGUAUGUGACUGUAACCACCCCACCCACCCACCCACUGACAAAGUGCAGGCCGCAGAUCAGCCCAACCUCCAAAGCCAAAUGGAGGCCAGGCUGAAGGGCACUAUCCCCAUUUCCCGUGCCCCCUCUGUCCUACCCCAGCUGAUUGGUGUAUCUGAGAUAUUUAAGUUUCUUGAAAAUAUAUUGAUCAGAAAAAGAGAACCGACCUCUGUAUUCCCAUGGACGUUAUCUGGCUUAGAAACGAAAUGGAAUCUCCUCCUGGCAGACUUGAACAGUCAACUCUUCCUCGGGUGUCUGUAAAUAACUCCGGAAUCCAAGCGGGCAUGUUCUAGUGAGGAACGGAAGUUCGUCGCAAGUGCUUAAUUGUGGAUACCAUCUUCCCCACAGAUCAUGGCGUUCUUCCUUCUGGUGUACUAGUGUCCAUAGGGAUUGUGUACCGUUCUAGACCUGAGUACUGUUGUAUCCCGUGUAGUACUAGAUUGUAACUCUUGUCGAGUUAAACUUUUUUUUUUAUUAUUGCUGUGUAAUUGUUAGGAAGCAAAGUAGCUUUGAAAUUUUUUUUCUCUUUAAGAGAACAAAAGAUAAUGUAUUUUCUUUAUUUCAUGUUUUAUUUGGAGAUAUUUAAACAGAAUAGAAAAGCCAUAUAACAUAGCUAUAAUUACUACCUGUUUGCUGUUUUUGUUUUAACUUAUUUUUGUAGCACCCUCACUGGUUUGAGUUGCUAAGCAAAUGUAUACAGAAACACAAAGAGCUUCCUAAUUGCACAGUUUUGCACCUUCUGUGCAUCCGCAAGGAGACAAUGAAUCCGUGUAUUUCUACAUGAUGAUCUUCAUUUUAAACUCUCUUCAUUUGUAAUGAUGCUACAUAACUCUGUGGCUCCCUGAUGCAAUAAUGUACAGAAGAUAUAUAAUUUAUAAUUGAACAAUCUGUCUUUCUGUUUGAUGACUAUGUCACAGGUCACAUGACCAUGCCCUUCCCCACCCCCAACCCCCCCCCC